AUGGGGGAGUGUAUGUUAGACCGCUACGGUGAAGAUGGUUUUCACAGCUGUGAAGGCUUUGACGAUUGGUCCGCGUUCGGCACGACCGACUGGACGGAAAGCCAGCGAGAUGGCAGUGGGUUUGCAGACUGGGGUGCGUUCCAGGACAACACCGAGAAAGAGGAGUUGCCGACCCUCCCCGCGGCAGGAGCGGGAGCUUUUGAGUUUCCUGAAAACACUGAAAAUGGUGAAAAGGGGAAUGCCUGGUUCAUUUUAAAGGACUGCUUUCGAGUUGAAGGGUCAGAGAAAGACCCUGUCCUUCUGAGGGAAAUCCCUGCAUUGUCUGUGUUACAGCAGAGCACGUUAGACAAGCCCUCUCUGUCUGCAGCAAUAUCAAGCGAAGGUGCAAAUUUCUGGUGUCAUUUACAGUCUGGGUCCGAAAUUCUCAGACUGUUAGGUCCCAAACCCAAACUACACUCUCACGAAGGAUUGCUCAAAACCCUCCAGCUCAGACAGCCGGACACAAACGCUGGCUCACAGAAAACUACUCUUCUUGAUCUUGAAUUAGAAGAUCCAGAAGACACUCCUGGAGCACUUAUUCAAACCAAGCUGAUGCCAUCCUCACAGUGUCGGAAUGCACCAGGAUUCUUUUAUCAGAUCUCACGCCAGUGGCUGAGCCAGUACAACACGAACCCGCUGCCCUACCAGAACAAGAAAGAUCCUUCGCAAUAAUAAACAUCACAUGAGCGCACGCACACACGCACACACACACACACACACACACACACACACACACACACACACACACACACACACGCACACACACUCUUACAGUUGCACAGACGCACACUACUUCAGAAAAUUGCUGCAUUCAUUAAUGUGUACGGAAACAAGCACAGGUUUUUCACGCACUUUUCUAUAAAUAAAUCCAAGCGUGCUUGACAAAAUACUACUGUAUGCACACUAGCUCAGGAAGGAACUCCCGACUUACUUGAUUUGCUUUUCACUUAAGCAACAAAAGAGAACUAACAAGUGCCUAAAAAGAACAAAAUCACUGCAAACCUCAAGUACAGGAAGUUAUCGUAGCCAUUUACUUAAUUAUGUGUUCCACUGUCUGCUGCUGUCUAUGCUCACGGCUUACUGUUCUUAAAGCUACUUUAUUUUUUAUUGCAAACCGACAUCUGAAAUGUUUGAAUGUAUUUAGUAUAUUUAUAUCGUAAAUAUUUUAAACAAGAAUAUACGAAUAUCCAGCUCUAAUAGUUUUUACUUUAGAGCAAAAAAAAAAAAAAAGCUUCUGUGGUAUGUGCAAAAAAAAAAAAAAAAUAAACGGUUUGAGCUUUUAAUCUUUCGUUGUUGUCAGUCAGAAUUUUUGAUGUAAGUGAUCCGUACACCUUCCACUUAAAAACAAAGAAGAGUGCUGUAUUUAGCUUCGCGUGGCGGUCCUGGUUCACGUGAAGAUGACUGUGUCAACACGUCCUGUCUCGCACUCGAACGAAAAACAACUGCUUUACCUUUAAUUACAACCCAGCGAAUGGGAAGUUCGCAAACCGUCAAAGGUCACGGGAAGUGCAAGUUACUAACGCAUAUUCGAGCAUCCGUUCUCAUGCUCAAAGUCCUCACCGCAAAGGUUCUUCACACUUCUAGUACCAUCUUAAUAAACGACACCGGUUCUAACGCGGGGCUCUUCAAGUAUUGCUUUCAGAUUUGGUGCGCUACAACCACGUUUACUCCCCUUUUUUGAUCAAGACUGAUCACAUGUUGUUAGAUUUACAUCUGUAAAACCGAAAAUAAGUUAUUUUUAGUAGUGUUACGAAUUACUAACGCUCAACACGUCUCUGACAACAAUAGUGAAGUUGUGGUUUUAUUUCAUAAGCUGAUUAAAAGGUAUUGUAAAUGCACUGUAAUCUUCCAAAAGCAUAAAUUAAUCAUAAAAAUGAUACAUUUGUUCGCUUUUGACAUGCAAUCUUUUAGUGAGGGAUAACAGAUGGGUUUUACAUUACAGUUAACCGUCUAUGUGUUAAAGUAAAAUGGAAGUUGCCAAAAGGGAAACUUUAACACUCAUAACGCACUGGGCUUGUUCAGACCGUUUAUGAGUGGAGAUGCAAAAACAUGGAAGCUCGAUUUCCAUUACAGUGAAGGUAACGCAUUCAUUAACGUUACAAUACAAAUCCGUGACCUUACCCUUUAAAUCAGAACAAAAAUAAGGCACUCUUAACUACGUGUCUUAAUGCAGGUGCACGGUUCGUACAUGUCUAGACCGUCACCUGCAAAAAGAAAGACAUCCUCUUUUUCUGCACAUCAGCACCUAACUUAACCUCUAACCAUUUCCUUGUAACAUGUUUGUGGCUUCAUGCAUAGGUUCUCACACCAAAGUAAAAAAACAUCUACCGAUUUCACAAUUUGACUUUGCUGAGAUCUAUAAAACGGCAAACGGUGCUGCAGAAAAAAAAAACUAAAACGUCAGGUUUCUCAAUAAAAUAAUCGUCUCCAUCCAUAAAAAGUAACCAUCCAUUAAAGUUAAUAACUUAUUUUCCUUAUUUCCCCAAAAAGGUUAAAACAAACAUUAAUUCCGUACAUAUUACGGAAUACAUAAGUCGUACAUAUUAAGUUUUUUCCAAAGUUUUUCAGUUUGUGAAAACUCUUUAAAAGAAAAUAAGUAUAAUAUUUUGGCAAAAUGACACGCAUUUAUUUUUGCCCGCUGAAAAUGUGUACAAUUUAUUCAUUUACGUAUUGAGAUCCAAAUUAUCUACGGAACGUAAAUUAGUUUUUAAUAUUUAAAAGGGAAUUUAGGUAUUUUUAUAACAAAACU